AUUUUCUGUAGUGUAACUGUCAAACGCUCGCUGUUCUCUAGCAAAAAAAACAAAUCAUAUUUGGCGGCCACUCGUUUAUCUGUACACCUUAAAGCCUCCCGACAAUUACGCAAAGAAAUGGAUGAAUUUCCAAUGAGUUAUCGUGAAGUUAUACCCGGACAGACAAAUCCACAAUUAUGGAAGGACAUUUCACUGAAUACCGGCGGCACCCAAAGUACCCAGGACAUUAAAGUGGCCGAAAAAGCCGGUGGUUACUGCUACAAAAAUGCUUGGCAAAUCGAUAACCGGAACCGUUUCAUCUAUUGGCGAACAUGUCACGACACACUCGAAUUAUCCGAGAUCAGUUUGGACGUGAAUCUGCUCGACAAUCAUGUUCGAUACAAAUUUGCCGAUUCGCCCGUUCUGACGGUGUCCAUAUUCGAAACACAAGACUCGGUCAUAUUAUUGGUGGUAACAGUGAGCAGUCUUCAUCGGUUGACGUUUUCGCAUCCGUCGAAAUUGCAGCAGAAAAUUGAAACUCAAUCCAUGUCCAUAUUACAUGAAGCGUCGGCAAAUCCGGCCCGAGACAAAUACACAUUUCAUGUCAUCGGUAAUUUAACGGCAACUAAUCAUCCCAUUCCACAUACGGCAGCAUGUUGGUUGUUAAAUGGUGGCGAGGAAGCUGUGUUUGCUACUGCAUAUCACACAACUCUGAUGCUGUUUGUGAUGAAUUGUGAAAGUGGAAAGACAGUGCCCAUGGAAUUGAAGCAAAAUUAUAUUGUCCCGAGGAUAUUGUCGAACAUAACGGGUGCCUUGCGCGGUAAGACCAACUCGCCAGACAGUAAAUACGUCUCGUCGCUGGUUUUCAAUACCAUUGGCGAUCAGACUUUCCUCUACGCUUUGUACCGAGACGAGCAAAUACGAAUGUGGUCAACACGCACUGGCCAAUGUGUAUCGACAGUAAAUUGUCUACAAGAAGGAAUUGAUGCACGACCGCAAGGACCUCAAUCCAAUUUAUUGCGUCGCUCGUCGCCUACAACCAUUUGCGCGUAUCUGUGCUACUCAAUGGGUUCGGAAUUUGUGACCAUUCAAACGCAGUGGGACGGAAUGGCCACUCAUUCGAUGAUCCGAGUCAAAGUGAUCAAAGCGCCACAGUACGAUCUUGUCGAUUUCGAAGUGAAUGACAAUCGAAUCUGGGGCCUGUGGUGCAAUCCACAGGGCGAGUAUAACAUUUGCAGUUACUCUUUCCUGUCCAGUAGCGGUUGGGUAUCGGCGGCAAUGGAACCCCCACCAGAUCGAUGCAUUGUGGUCGAAAAUGGAUGCGAUCCGAAGCAGAUUUACUGCUCGUACAUAUUUCAUCCGGGCAAAUUUCAACGCAGCGUCAUCGAUCAAGCUUUGAUGAUGUUCCGCAGAUCGAACAUUCUGUCCGAUCCGAAUCUACCGAUAUCGAUACUGAAGGAUCGCGUCUGUCAGGCCGUUGAGCAAGAAGUUCAAAACGAGAUCAGUGAAUACGAAAUGACCGACGAAGAAUAUGUGGAAGUGAGUGCCAAGCAUUGGGAAGCGUUUUAUUUGCGAUGCGAACAGUAUCAGGAGAAAUCGUGUCAGCCGAUCGGUUUGGUUAUCAUGCAAUCGGUGGGUGCGGUUUGCAUUGUUAAGAAGACGUCGUUUUCGCUGCUGAGACCGUGUGACACAUUGGAGCAUGUAAUGAUUGCCGGCGAUUCGGUCGAAAUUGAUCUGGACGAGGACAUUGUGAAAUUGGUGUCGGUGUUGGCGAUGCUCGAACAACCGAUUUUGGAGGACAUCAAACGUGAAAUCGACAACAAAAUGUACUACUUGCACAUACCGAAUGUUGUGAUCGAGAAAUUCGUUUCCGAUAUGCUGUCGAAGGAUGACGAUGGCGACAUGAGCUCUCAACGGGACUUCAUACUGAAGCUGCACUACGAAAUCAAAACCAUCGGAGACCUUUCUCAAGCCAUGAUCCGAUUGCUGGACGAACUGCGUAUGGAUACCGACGAAGAAACGCCACUAAACGCAACGCGCCAUUUAAUCACAUUGUUCGGCAGCGAUAUUGGAAUAUCAGUUGUGUCCGAAUCACUGCGUCAGAUCGCUCUGAUUCGGUAUUCAUUGUGCCGCAAUUUGCUCAUCCUGCAGCACAUACUGUUCGACACAUUUGACAUUCCUUGCAAUGUGUUGGAAGUGAUUCGUUCGCAAUGCAUGCCGGACACGAUGGUAUAUGUACAGGCCUAUUACGUUAUGAUGUGGAUGAGCGAAACUCCAGCACAAUCCGGAACAUCAUCAGCAUCACUGGAGAGCAGUCUUCAACGUCUGGCCACACUUCAAUUAUCCGAUGCGAGACACAUUCCACGUUCCGUUCAACCGAUAACAUUGCUGGAAUUGUUCCUACGCGGCAAGGGAAUCGUCACCGGUUUGUCGGCGUUGAAUUUACAAUUUAAAAAAUUGACCGAUCAACAGUGGCAAUACACGUUGGUGCCGCUGGUUAAGAAUAUCGGUCAGUUGGUGUGGGCGGUGUCCGGCAAUUUUAUAUUUGGCGAAUGGUUGCUCAGCAGUUGCCAGCACAUUUUGAUUCAAGAAUACGUUCGAUUGCUGAAUCGAUGGUGUGAAUGGAACAGCUGUUCACGACACUUCAUUUUGGCUGUAUCACUGCUGGAAAAUGGUGAAGCACACAAAGCCUACGAUAUGUUCAUGAAAGCUGCCAGCGGAGUGUUGACUGAAACAUUUUUGGAGAAAAUUAUUCUGACACCAUCAGCGGAGGGCAUCACCUACAACAUGGCAUUGACUCAAUACUAUCUGAAAGUGAUUCAACUGUUCGAACAACAUUCGGCACUGGAUCAUGUCAUUUCACUUGCCCGAGCGGCCAUCGGAAUUUUGGACAAAAACGAUCCUCAGCUGGCAAUGUUUCAAUCGAUUGUCUUCACCAAUCAUCUGCAAUUGGAACACUAUGAUGAGGCAUAUCAUGCAUUGAUCGAUAAUAGCGAACCGUCGCGCAGAAAAGACUGUCUACGGCUGUUGGUUGUGUGUUUGUUUCAACAGAAUCGUUCCGAUUUGCUGAUGAAGUAUCCGUACAUUCGGCUUCAAGACGACCUGGAAGAUAUUGUCGAAUCGAGGGCCAGAUCGAUGGCAAUCGAACGGAAUCACUACUACGAAUUCCUGUACGCUUUCCAUGUGACGAAGGGUAAUUUUCGAAAAGCCUCAUCUAUUAUGUACGAACAAGCGAUGCGAUACGCCUUAGAAUGUGACACCAUUGAGUCGGUACAGUGUCGUUAUGAGUGCCUUUUGGCUUGCCUGAACGCGCUGAACCUAUGCGAUGAGAAUUACGCCUGGAUUGCCAAGCCCGUUAUCAACGAAGACAAUGGCCAUAACAGUGAAGAUAUGGAAACGAAUGAGAUUCCGGUAAAGCAAAAUGUCAUCGUGCUGCAGUCCAAAGACAUUCGCCAGGAGUUGCUCAUUGCCGACACGAUCUUGUGUUUGUCGAAGCAUCGUCAGGAGAUCGGCUCGAUAUUGAAUGCUGAUACGGAUCAGUUGAUUGCAGUGCUUGCUAACACGGGACUGUACACUGCAGCUGUCAAAUUGACGUCUAAAUUGGAAAAAAGUGUUGCACCCGUUCUGGAGAGCCUUGCAGCUGCCUGUGUCCGAGCCUCCGAAGAGAAUUCGAAUGAAGUGUGGUCGUGGCUGCAAGAAAAUGACAUUGCCGAUCUGCCGCAAAAGAACUCGGCGGUAGAUAUGGCCUGGAAAUUACUCGAAGUUUUGCUGGACGAUUAUGAAACCGGCACUGCUACCACAUUGCGCAAAUCGGUGGCCAACAAAAUUUUGAGUCUCGGCGAAUUUCUGCCGCAUUGGCUGUAUUUGUCGUACAAAAAAGCGAAUCCAUCCGAACUGUUGUACUUGUAUGUGAACCACGGUCGUCUAAUUGAAGCCACCGAAUUGGCAGUGGAUUAUGUUUCGGCGAUGCUCCGGUUUGGCGGCGAAUUCUUCGGACUCAGCAAUUCGAUGCACAUUACACUGCCGCCAAUGUGUUUGCCGGUGAAUACAAUCGAUUUAUUGAUCUACGGAUUGGAGCUGAAUGCCGACCAGGACGAAUGUUAUCGGGAAUGCUUGGACGAAUUGAGACGAGUGGUUCAAUUUUAUUUGACAACGGCUAAAGCAGUGUCGGACAAUAAGAUUCGAUAUGCGUCGGAUGUGGGAAGCAUCGAUGUGCGUUGAGUUAAGGUUAAGGUUUUCUUGUUUUUCUUGUAACAGUUGCAAUUGCAUUUGGUUCCCGUUCUCGAUAAAAACAAAAUAAUUUUCAAAA